AUGUCUCACAGCACAAGCAUUGGCUGCAAUCAAGAUUCACUUUCUAUUGGCAAAUCUAUCAAAAAAGGUACUAAUGACAGCAAUUCUCUCUCUUUUUCUUCAGAUGACAAAAUAGCUGAAAGAAAAUCAGGAGGACCAUGGCUCAAGGAAGGCCAGAGUAAAACUUGUGUGGCUAGAGAGAGUAGAAACCCCCUCUCUAAGAGAGGUAUUGACAAAGGGCAUUCUGAUUGCAAGUCUGGGAGUCCAGAUGGGUCUGACUCAAAAGUUCUUCUAUUACUCAUAUUUGAACUGAUUGUCCUGAAAGGAAUGUCAGAAUGUUUGAAACUGUCAAAUGUGUAUAUCUAUGGUCAAGAAUUAGAAGCAGACAGCACUAGCAUAGGAAGAGGGGCUAAAUUUAGUAGCCAUGCCUCUGGAAAUUUAGCAUUUGGUUUGGGGACAUCUGGUCAAAAGGAAUUGGAAAUCAGUAGAGCUGACUGGAGUGAAAUUAGCAGUAAGGGAUCUGCUGGGGGUAAAUCCAUAGAUUUUGGAUGCCUGUUAAAUUUUCAUAACAUUUUGAUUUUUUCAUCAGUUGAAACAGAGUCUUUUGGUUGGGAAGUUGGAGCUGGAAGAGGCAAUGCUGCAUUUGCUUUUGGAGCAUCUGGUUCGAGUUCAUUUGGUGACAGCAGCUUUAGUAGCAAAACAGUUGAAGGAGAUCAAGUGGCUAGGUCUGGAAGAUCCAUUUCCAGUGAUCUAGGUGACACCAGUUUGAGAAGUGUUAGUGCCAAUGUUGGUGACAGGUCUGAAAAUUUGGAAUCCAAUUUAGGGUCUUCUGGUCAACAGGGAUUGGAAAUCAAUGAACUUGGAGGGGAUGGCUUGAGUGGCAGUGCAUCUGUUGAGGACGAACUCAAAGGCUUUGCCUCUGAUGCCAGUAGUUCAGGUAUCCUCUCAAAUGCAAGAAAUGAGGCUGAAUAUUUUAGUGGCAUUUCUGAAGAUUCAGGAUUCAGUUUGGAGUCAUCUGACCAACAGGGAUUUAGACUCAGUGUUGGUGCGAAUGGAAAGAGUAGUGGUAGAUCUGCUGGGGCUGAAUACUUGAGUCCUAGAUCUGAAGUCAGUGGCUCAGGAGGAAACAUUUGGUCUUCUAAUUCUGAAAGUGGUGAAGGAAACAAGGGUAUCACAAGUUCAUCUGACUACAGUACAUCUGGACCAUUCAGCACUCCAGAGAAAGGAUCCCAUAUUCCAGAAGCAACGCCAAAAUACUCAGAAACAAAUGCAAUUAUUGGUGAAGCUUCUACUUGGGGCAAAGGAGCAUAUAAAGCUUUCAACGGCCGUGUUUUUUCCUUUGAGUCUUCAUGCACAUAUACUUUCUGCCGUCACUGUGUUGAAUCGGGAGGAGAUUUCAAUAUUGAGAUCAAACGAAACAAUGAUAGUGAGAUUGAAAAAAUAACAGUUAUAAUUGACAACAAUGAUGUCUCUAUCUUUGGUGAUAUACUUUUAGUUAAUGGUGAAAGUGUGCAGAUACCAUAUAACAAUAAGUUGAUUCACAUUAAAAAAUAUGGAGAACAUAAUGUUCUGAAUAGUCGUAGAGGAAUCCUGUCUUUAAUUUGGGACAAAAACAACAAACUCUCACUCACUCUUCACAAGCAAUAUCCUACUUGUGGUCUUUGUGGUAACUUCAACAGCACUCCAGGAGAUGAUAUCAACGAGCACAUUGCUGAUAGUAAAAUUCCUGGUGAUUGUUCCAAAGCUGUUAGUAAAAGCUAUGAAGUUUGUGAAGAUGGAGUACAGUACUGUAACAAAAUUAUUGGAACCUAUUUUGAGAAAUGUGGAAAGGUUAGCACUUUAUCCAGUGACUACAAAAUGAUCUGCAUUGAUGAGUAUUGCCAAAGUAGAGACAAAACAUCCACGUGUGACACUUACUCAGAACUGUCCCGCCUCUGUGCCUCAGAUGGUCCUGGCACCUUUGAAUCCUGGAGAGAUGAUCCUGAUGUGGUUUGUGAAAAACCUAUUUGCCCAGAAAAACAUAUCUACAAAGAAUGUGGUCCCUCAAAUCCUGCAACUUGUUCUAAUGUGGCUCCUUUUCAAGACACUGAGUGUGUGAGUGGCUGCACCUGCCCAGAAGGUUAUCUAUUGGAUGAUAUUGGAGAGAAAGGGAGAUGUGUGUUGAAGUCUGACUGUCCCUGUGAAUCUAAUGGAAAGGUAUAUCAGUCAGGAGAAGUCCGUGAAGGUUCCUGUGGUUCUCUGUGCACAUGCCAAGAAGCAAAGUGGGCUUGCACUAAAACAUUAUGCCCUGGAAGAUGUAAGAUAGAAGGAAGUUUGAUUACCACCUUUGAUGGCGUUAAAUACAACCAUCCUGGAAACUGUCACUUUUUGGCCAUCCAUGAUAAGGAUUGGUCUAUUAGUGUUGAGCUUCGUCCAUGUCCAAGUGGUCAGUCAGGAACAUGCUUAAAUAGUGUUACACUCCUCUUGAAUUCGUCUGUUCAAGUUGAAAAAUACGUGUUCAACAGAGAUGGAACAGUCACAAAUGACAAGUUUGGAAAUCUUGGUUAUUAUUAUUCAGACAAAAUACAGAUCUUCAAUGCAUCUUCCUCAUACCUUCAAGCAGAAACAUACUUUCAUGGAAAAAUGCAAAUUCAAAUUUUUCCUGUGAUGCAAUUGUAUGUUUCUAUGCCACCUAACCAAUUCACAGAUACUGUAGGACUCUGUGGUUCCCACAACAACAGAGCAGAGGAUGAUUUCAUGUCAAGUCAGAACAUAUUAGAAAAGACAUCUCAGGCAUUUGCUAGUUCUUGGGAAAUGAUGCCCUGUCCUAAAGCUAGCACUGCUUCAUGCAUCAGUAUAGAAAAAGAACGAUUUGCUGAAAGGCACUGUGGAAUUCUUCUUGAUUUGAGUGGUCCUUUUGCUUCUUGCCAUUCAAUUGUGGACCCUAAACCAUAUCAUGAGGAAUGCAAAAAAUACACUUGUACUUGUGAAAAUAGCCAAGAUUGCCUGUGUACAAUUUUAGGCAACUAUGUGAAAGCAUGUGCUGAGAAGGAAACUUCCAUGGUAGGAUGGAGAGCUGGGCUAUGUGAUCAAUCUUGUCCUAGCGGCCUAGUUUUCAAGUACAAUGUAAAAACCUGCAAUAGUUCUUGCCGAUCAUUGUCAGAGAGAGAUAAGAGCUGUGAUAUGGAAGGCAUUCCAGUUGAUGGAUGCACUUGCCCUGAUGGAAUGUACAAGAAUAAUGAAGGAAAUUGUGUUUCAAAAUCUCAGUGUGACUGCUACAUAAAUGAUGAGGUCAUGCAACCAGGCAAACUCAUCCAUAUUGAUGACAAUAAAUGUGUCUGUAGAGAUGGGAUUCUUCUUUGCCAGACUCCCAUUGAUCUGACACUACAGAAUUGUUCUGGAGGGGCUGAAUAUGUUGACUGUAGGAAUCCUAAGGCACAGAGGAGAGUUGAUAGUACAUGUAGCACUCGGAACAUACCUAGUUUUGAUGAGAACUUGCCUUGCAAACGUGGGUGCUACUGUCCUGAAGGAAUGGUUCGAAAUUCUAAAGGGAACUGUGUCUUUCCUGAUGACUGCCCUUGCUCUUUUGGUGGACGAGAGUAUGACCAAGGAAGUGUCACCUCAGUUGGCUGCAACAAAUGUACUUGCAUAAAAGGAUCUUGGAACUGUACACAAAAUGAAUGUCAAACCACCUGUCAUAUCUACGGGGAAGGUCAUGUUAGAACUUUUGAUGGAAAAAGUUACAGCUUUGAUGGUCUCUGCCAGUAUUCAUUUAUCGAGGAUUAUUGUGGUCGUGAAAAUGGCACAUUCCGUAUUUUAACUGAAAGCGUCCCGUGCUGUGAGGAUGGACUUACAUGCUCAAGAAAAAUUAUAGUUGCUUUUCAGGAUCAAAAUAUUGUCUUGCAUGAUGGUAAAGUCACAGCAGUCAAAACUACAGAAAGUAAGGAAUGUGAACUCAAUGGAAAUUCAUACUCUGUUCAUACCGUUGGCCUGUACUUGAUUCUGAAAUUUUUAAACGGAAUAACCAUAAUUUGGGACAAAAAUACAAGAAUUUCUGUUAUACUGGAUCCACGCUGGAAUGGUCAGGUGUGCGGUCUCUGUGGAAAUAACAAUGGUGAUCUGAAGGAUGAUUUCACCACAAGAUACUCAUCAGUAGCUGCUGGAACACUGGAAUUUGGAAAUAGUUGGAAAACAAGUCAAGAAUGUUCAGACACAGUCGCUCAAACCUUCCCAUGUGACUCAAAUCCAUACUGUAAAGCCUGGGCCGUGCGGAAGUGUGAGAUCAUUCGGGACAGCACCUUCAGAGAGUGUCACAACAAGGUGGACCCCAAUGAGUACUAUGAUGCGUGUAUUGAAGAAGCUUGUGCCUGUGACAUGGAGGGGAAGUACCUGGGAUUCUGCACGGCUGUGGCAAUGUACGCAGAGGCAUGCAGUGCAGUUGGAGUCUGUGUCACGUGGAGAAAACCGGAUCUCUGUCCUGUCUACUGUGACUAUUAUAACGCACCUGGGGAAUUCAGCUGGCAUUAUGAACCUUGUGGCACAGUGACUGCCAAAACAUGCAAAGAUCGAGUAAUUGGCCAGAAAUUUUCUGCACUUUUAGAAGGCUGUUAUGCCAAAUGCCCGGACAGUGCUCCCUACCUGGAUGAGAACACCAUGAAGUGCGUCAGUUUGGCUGAGUGCAGCUGCUUCUAUAAUGAUAUCGUACCAGCUGGUGGAGUGAUUCAAGAUAACUGUGGGAGAACAUGCUAUUGCAUCGCAGGAGAAUUGGAGUGCAGUGAAACUACUCCAACAAAUUCAACAUAUACAGUUUCUACUACAACAGCUACCUCCAUAUUAAGCACCGAAGCAGCAAUUACACUGGUCACCAAUAGCUCAGGCACAGGGUCAGAAACCAUUCAACAACCUGGCGCAGGUUCAGAGCCCACCACCCUAUCGCCUGGGGUUACAAGAACGACGGCUCUGAGAGGAUCUGAGACCGGUGUACCUUCAACUGGAGUAUCAGGCUCGCCUGGCUCAACACAAGGAGGAUCUGCAGCAACUGGAAGAAGUGGUGCAGGUUCAGAGCCUACUGCCCCAGUCUCAGGAGAAACAAGGACCAGUGUAAUAGCAGGAACCAACGUACCUCUCUCUGGAGCACCAGCGACCCCUGGAUCAUCAGCAGGCAGCUCGGAGGCAACUGGACCACGUGGUCCAGGUUCAGAGACAGCCUCCCCGUCGUCCGGAGCAGCAGGGACAAGUGCUAUAGGAUCUGGAACCAGCCUAGCGUCCUCUGGAGCACCUGUAACCCCUGAACCAACCCUCAUAAGGACAGAAGCAAGUGCAAGACCUCCUGCAAGUUCAGAGUCAACCGUCACAUUACCUGGAGCAACAGGGACUGAGGUUCUCAGACCUGGAACCAGCUUACCUGUAUCUGGAGGAGCCGUGACCCCUGCGUCAUCACCAGGAGGGUCAUCAGCAACUGCCGGACCUGCUGUAGGUUCAGCAACAACUGUCCAGGGUUCUGGGGCAACGGGGACUGAGGUUCUAAGAUCUGGAACCAGCUUACCUGUGUCCGGAGCAGCAGCGAGCCCUGGGUCAUCACCAGGAGGGUCAAGAGCAACUGCGGUAUCUAGUGAAGGCUCCCAGCCCACUGUCGCCUUAUCUGGAGCAACAGGGACUAGUGCUGGACCAUCGGGCACCCGUUUCUCCUCCUCUGGAAUACCCGCAACACCUGGAUCAACCACAGGAAGGGCAGCAGGAGCUGGGACCCCGGGUGUCGAUUCCCAGCAAACUGCCGGAUUGCCUGCAGCUGCAAGGACGACUGCUCUAGGAUUAGGAACCAGCGUGCCUUCAGGUGGAACAUCAGAAAGCCGUUCUUCAGUACCUGGAGGGUCAGAAACCAUUCAACAACCUGGCGCAGGUUCAGAGCCCACCACCCUAUCGCCUGGGGUUACAAGAACGACGGCUCUGAGAGGAUCUGAGACCGGUGUACCUUCAACUGGAGUAUCAGGCUCGCCUGGCUCAACACAAGGAGGAUCUGCAGCAACUGGAAGAAGUGGUGCAGGUUCAGAGCCUACUGCCCCAGUCUCAGGAGAAACAAGGACCAGUGUAAUAGCAGGAACCAACGUACCUCUCUCUGGAGCACCAGCGACCCCUGGAUCAUCAGCAGGCAGUUCGGAGGCAACUGGACCACGUGGUCCAGGUUCAGAGACAGCCUCCCCAUCGUCCGGAGCAGCAGGGACAAGUGCUAUAGGAUCUGGAACCAGCCUAGCGUCCUCUGGAGCACCUGUAACCCCUGAACCAACCCUCAUAAGGACAGAAGCAAGUGCAAGACCUCCUGCAAGUUCAGAGUCAACCGUCACAUUACCUGGAGCAACAGGGACUGAGGUUCUCAGACCUGGAACCAGCUUACCUGUAUCUGGAGGAGCCGUGACCCCUGCGUCAUCACCAGGAGGGUCAUCAGCAACUGCCGGACCUGCUGUAGGUUCAGCAACAACUGUCCAGGGUUCUGGGGCAACGGGGACUGAGGUUCUAAGAUCUGGAACCAGCUUACCUGUGUCCGGAGCAGCAGCGAGCCCUGGGUCAUCACCAGGAGGGUCAAGAGCAACUGCGGUAUCUAGUGAAGGCUCCCAGCCCACUGUCGCCUUAUCUGGAGCAACAGGGACUAGUGCUGGACCAUCGGGCACCCGUUUCUCCUCCUCUGGAAUACCCGCAACACCUGGAUCAACCACAGGAAGGGCAGCAGGAGCUGGGACCCCGGGUGUCGAUUCCCAGCAAACUGCCGGAUUGCCUGCAGCUGCAAGGACGACUGCUCUAGGAUUAGGAACCAGCGUGCCUUCAGGUGGAACAUCAGAAAGCCGUUCUUCAGUACCUGGAGGGUCAGAAACCAUUCAACAACCUGGCGCAGGUUCAGAGCCCACCACCCUAUCGCCUGGGGUUACAAGAACGACGGCUCUGAGAGGAUCUGAGACCGGUGUACCUUCAACUGGAGUAUCAGGCUCGCCUGGCUCAACACAAGGAGGAUCUGCAGCAACUGGAAGAAGUGGUGCAGGUUCAGAGCCUACUGCCCCAGUCUCAGGAGAAACAAGGACCAGUGUAAUAGCAGGAACCAACGUACCUCUCUCUGGAGCACCAGCGACCCCUGGAUCAUCAGCAGGCAGCUCGGAGGCAACUGGACCACGUGGUCCAGGUUCAGAGACAGCCUCCCCGUCGUCCGGAGCAGCAGGGACAAGUGCUAUAGGAUCUGGAACCAGCCUAGCGUCCUCUGGAGCACCUGUAACCCCUGAACCAACCCUCAUAAGGACAGAAGCAAGUGCAAGACCUCCUGCAAGUUCAGAGUCAACCGUCACAUUACCUGGAGCAACAGGGACUGAGGUUCUCAGACCUGGAACCAGCUUACCUGUAUCUGGAGGAGCCGUGACCCCUGCGUCAUCACCAGGAGGGUCAUCAGCAACUGCCGGACCUGCUGUAGGUUCAGCAACAACUGUCCAGGGUUCUGGGGCAACGGGGACUGAGGUUCUAAGAUCUGGAACCAGCUUACCUGUGUCCGGAGCAGCAGCGAGCCCUGGGUCAUCACCAGGAGGGUCAAGAGCAACUGCGGUAUCUAGUGAAGGCUCCCAGCCCACUGUCGCCUUAUCUGGAGCAACAGGGACUAGUGCUGGACCAUCGGGCACCCGUUUCUCCUCCUCUGGAAUACCCGCAACACCUGGAUCAACCACAGGAAGGGCAGCAGGAGCUGGGACCCCGGGUGUCGAUUCCCAGCAAACUGCCGGAUUGCCUGCAGCUGCAAGGACGACUGCUCUAGGAUUAGGAACCAGCGUGCCUUCAGGUGGAACAUCAGAAAGCCGUUCUUCAGUACCUGGAGGGUCAGAAACCAUUCAACAACCUGGCGCAGGUUCAGAGCCCACCACCCUAUCGCCUGGGGUUACAAGAACGACGGCUCUGAGAGGAUCUGAGACCGGUGUACCUUCAACUGGAGUAUCAGGCUCGCCUGGCUCAACACAAGGAGGAUCUGCAGCAACUGGAAGAAGUGGUGCAGGUUCAGAGCCUACUGCCCCAGUCUCAGGAGAAACAAGGACCAGUGUAAUAGCAGGAACCAACGUACCUCUCUCUGGAGCACCAGCGACCCCUGGAUCAUCAGCAGGCAGCUCGGAGGCAACUGGACCACGUGGUCCAGGUUCAGAGACAGCCUCCCCGUCGUCCGGAGCAGCAGGGACAAGUGCUAUAGGAUCUGGAACCAGCCUAGCGUCCUCUGGAGCACCUGUAACCCCUGAACCAACCCUCAUAAGGACAGAAGCAAGUGCAAGACCUCCUGCAAGUUCAGAGUCAACCGUCACAUUACCUGGAGCAACAGGGACUGAGGUUCUCAGACCUGGAACCAGCUUACCUGUAUCUGGAGGAGCCGUGACCCCUGCGUCAUCACCAGGAGGGUCAUCAGCAACUGCCGGACCUGCUGUAGGUUCAGCAACAACUGUCCAGGGUUCUGGGGCAACGGGGACUGAGGUUCUAAGAUCUGGAACCAGCUUACCUGUGUCCGGAGCAGCAGCGAGCCCUGGGUCAUCACCAGGAGGGUCAAGAGCAACUGCGGUAUCUAGUGAAGGCUCCCAGCCCACUGUCGCCUUAUCUGGAGCAACAGGGACUAGUGCUGGACCAUCGGGCACCCGUUUCUCCUCCUCUGGAAUACCCGCAACACCUGGAUCAACCACAGGAAGGGCAGCAGGAGCUGGGACCCCGGGUGUCGAUUCCCAGCAAACUGCCGGAUUGCCUGCAGCUGCAAGGACGACUGCUCUAGGAUUAGGAACCAGCGUGCCUUCAGGUGGAACAUCAGAAAGCCGUUCUUCAGUACCUGGAGGGUCAGAAACCAUUCAACAACCUGGCGCAGGUUCAGAGCCCACCACCCUAUCGCCUGGGGUUACAAGAACGACGGCUCUGAGAGGAUCUGAGACCGGUGUACCUUCAACUGGAGUAUCAGGCUCGCCUGGCUCAACACAAGGAGGAUCUGCAGCAACUGGAAGAAGUGGUGCAGGUUCAGAGCCUACUGCCCCAGUCUCAGGAGAAACAAGGACCAGUGUAAUAGCAGGAACCAACGUACCUCUCUCUGGAGCACCAGCGACCCCUGGAUCAUCAGCAGGCAGCUCGGAGGCAACUGGACCACGUGGUCCAGGUUCAGAGACAGCCUCCCCGUCGUCCGGAGCAGCAGGGACAAGUGCUAUAGGAUCUGGAACCAGCCUAGCGUCCUCUGGAGCACCUGUAACCCCUGAACCAACCCUCAUAAGGACAGAAGCAAGUGCAAGACCUCCUGCAAGUUCAGAGUCAACCGUCACAUUACCUGGAGCAACAGGGACUGAGGUUCUCAGACCUGGAACCAGCUUACCUGUAUCUGGAGGAGCCGUGACCCCUGCGUCAUCACCAGGAGGGUCAUCAGCAACUGCCGGACCUGCUGUAGGUUCAGCAACAACUGUCCAGGGUUCUGGGGCAACGGGGACUGAGGUUCUAAGAUCUGGAACCAGCUUACCUGUGUCCGGAGCAGCAGCGAGCCCUGGGUCAUCACCAGGAGGGUCAAGAGCAACUGCGGUAUCUAGUGAAGGCUCCCAGCCCACUGUCGCCUUAUCUGGAGCAACAGGGACUAGUGCUGGACCAUCGGGCACCCGUUUCUCCUCCUCUGGAAUACCCGCAACACCUGGAUCAACCACAGGAAGGGCAGCAGGAGCUGGGACCCCGGGUGUCGAUUCCCAGCAAACUGCCGGAUUGCCUGCAGCUGCAAGGACGACUGCUCUAGGAUUAGGAACCAGCGUGCCUUCAGGUGGAACAUCAGAAAGCCGUUCUUCAGUACCUGGAGGGUCAGAAACCAUUCAACAACCUGGCGCAGGUUCAGAGCCCACCACCCUAUCGCCUGGGGUUACAAGAACGACGGCUCUGAGAGGAUCUGAGACCGGUGUACCUUCAACUGGAGUAUCAGGCUCGCCUGGCUCAACACAAGGAGGAUCUGCAGCAACUGGAAGAAGUGGUGCAGGUUCAGAGCCUACUGCCCCAGUCUCAGGAGAAACAAGGACCAGUGUAAUAGCAGGAACCAACGUACCUCUCUCUGGAGCACCAGCGACCCCUGGAUCAUCAGCAGGCAGCUCGGAGGCAACUGGACCACGUGGUCCAGGUUCAGAGACAGCCUCCCCGUCGUCCGGAGCAGCAGGGACAAGUGCUAUAGGAUCUGGAACCAGCCUAGCGUCCUCUGGAGCACCUGUAACCCCUGAACCAACCCUCAUAAGGACAGAAGCAAGUGCAAGACCUCCUGCAAGUUCAGAGUCAACCGUCACAUUACCUGGAGCAACAGGGACUGAGGUUCUCAGACCUGGAACCAGCUUACCUGUAUCUGGAGGAGCCGUGACCCCUGCGUCAUCACCAGGAGGGUCAUCAGCAACUGCCGGACCUGCUGUAGGUUCAGCAACAACUGUCCAGGGUUCUGGGGCAACGGGGACUGAGGUUCUAAGAUCUGGAACCAGCUUACCUGUGUCCGGAGCAGCAGCGAGCCCUGGGUCAUCACCAGGAGGGUCAAGAGCAACUGCGGUAUCUAGUGAAGGCUCCCAGCCCACUGUCGCCUUAUCUGGAGCAACAGGGACUAGUGCUGGACCAUCGGGCACCCGUUUCUCCUCCUCUGGAAUACCCGCAACACCUGGAUCAACCACAGGAAGGGCAGCAGGAGCUGGGACCCCGGGUGUCGAUUCCCAGCAAACUGCCGGAUUGCCUGCAGCUGCAAGGACGACUGCUCUAGGAUUAGGAACCAGCGUGCCUUCAGGUGGAACAUCAGAAAGCCGUUCUUCAGUACCUGGAGGGUCAGAAACCAUUCAACAACCUGGCGCAGGUUCAGAGCCCACCACCCUAUCGCCUGGGGUUACAAGAACGACGGCUCUGAGAGGAUCUGAGACCGGUGUACCUUCAACUGGAGUAUCAGGCUCGCCUGGCUCAACACAAGGAGGAUCUGCAGCAACUGGAAGAAGUGGUGCAGGUUCAGAGCCUACUGCCCCAGUCUCAGGAGAAACAAGGACCAGUGUAAUAGCAGGAACCAACGUACCUCUCUCUGGAGCACCAGCGACCCCUGGAUCAUCAGCAGGCAGUUCGGAGGCAACUGGACCACGUGGUCCAGGUUCAGAGACAGCCUCCCCAUCGUCCGGAGCAGCAGGGACAAGUGCUAUAGGAUCUGGAACCAGCCUAGCGUCCUCUGGAGCACCUGUAACCCCUGAACCAACCCUCAUAAGGACAGAAGCAAGUGCAAGACCUCCUGCAAGUUCAGAGUCAACCGUCACAUUACCUGGAGCAACAGGGACUGAGGUUCUCAGACCUGGAACCAGCUUACCUGUAUCUGGAGGAGCCGUGACCCCUGCGUCAUCACCAGGAGGGUCAUCAGCAACUGCCGGACCUGCUGUAGGUUCAGCAACAACUGUCCACGUUUCUGGGGCCACUUGGACUCAUGAUAAAGGAUCAAAUACAUAUGCGUCAGCAGAUGAAAACUUAGAGACCACUGGAGCAACAUCUGGCCUUACCUUUACUUCUCCGACGUCUAUUGUCAGUUCAGCAACAAGUGCAGCGUCGUCUGCAGUUACAGGAGCAACAGUAACUUAUGAUGUAGUUUCUGGGACAACUGGAUCAUCAUCUGGAGGAUCAAAGACAAUUGUUAUAGGAUCAGCAUCAAGUGUAUCAUCUGCUGAACAAAUAGCGCCUUCUGGGUCAACAGAUGGACUAGGAGGAACAACUAGAGUCUCUGAUGUAGAUGCCAAGACAAUCAGACCAUCAUACGGAGCAUUAGGAUCAAGUCGAUCAUCCCUUGUUGAAAUUGGAACCGCUAGCACUUCACCUGAAUUUACAGUAACCAAUAGAUUCUCUGUUGUUCAUUUACGGACAACUAGGCCAUCAUCUGGAGAAUCAGGGACAACUCUUACUGAGUCUAGUUCUAGUGCAUCAUCAAGUGAAGGAUCAGGGACAACUGGAUCAAUAGCUGGACUAACGAGAACAACUAGAAUCUCACUUGUAGGUUCAGGGACAACUGAACCAUUAUCUGGAGAAACAGAAACCACUGUUACUGAAUCUAGGAAUAAUGGAUCACUAGGUGAAGGAUCAGGGACAACUGGAUCAAAAGCUGGACUGAGAAGAACCACUAGAAUCUCUGUAGUAGGCUCAGGAACAACUAGACCAUCAUCUGGAGAAACAAGGGCCACUGUUAUUGAAUCAAUAACACAUAGAACUUCAGCUGAAGGAUCACGAACAACUGGAUCAGCAGGUGGACUGAUAAUAGCUACUAGAAUAUCUAGUGCUGAUUUACAAACACUUGGUCCAUUAUCUGGAGAAACAACGACCACUGUUAUAGGAUCAGGAACAAGUGGAAAAUCAGGUGAAGUAUCAGGGUUAACUCGAUCACCUGCUGAACUGACUACAACAACUAGCAUUUCUCAUGUAGCUUCAGGAACAAGUGCACCAUCAUCUGGAAUGAGAAGGACAACUGUAACAUCUGGUGUAGCUUCAAGGACAAGUGGACUAUUGUCUGGAAAAAAAGGGACCAGUGUUACUGAAACAAGAACCAGUGGAUCAUCAAUUGAAGGAUCACAGACAACUGGAACAGCAGAUAGACUGACAAUAACUACCAGAACAUCUGUUGUAGUUUCAGGAACAGAUGCACCAUCAUCUGGAACAUCAGGGACGAUUAGGUCAUCAGUUGACCUGACUGGAACAACUAAAGUCUCUGUUGUAGGUGCAGGAACAAUAGAACCAUCAACUGUAGAAUCAUGGACAACUGAGCCCAGAGAUUUAGAUUCAUCAACCACUGUAUUUUCAGCUGGUGCUAUAGGAACCACUAGACCUGGAGCAUCAGGGGCAAGUAGACCAUCUGUUGUGGGUUCAGAGACAGCUGGUCCAUUAUCUGCAAAAACAGAGACCACUGUUAUAAGGUCAGGAUCAAGUGGAUCUUCACUUGAAGGAAGAGGGACAUCUGGAUCAACAGAUGGGCUGACAGGAACUACUACAAUCUCUUUUGUAGGCUUAGGAACCACUGGACCAUCAGCCAGAGGAUCAAGGCCAACUGGGAAAGGAGAUAUAAGAUCAUCAACUACUGUAUUGUCAGUUGAUGCUACAGGGAACAUUAGAUCUGGAGGAUCAGGCACAACUGGACCAUCUAUUGUAGGUUCAGAGACAGUUGGACCAUCAUCUGGAGAAGCAGGGACCACUGUUACAGGAUCAGGAACAAGUGGAAAAUCAGCUGAAAGAUUAGGGACAACUGUAUCAACAGACGGAUUGAGAAGAACCACUAGAAUCUCUCUCGUAAGUUUAGGCACUACAGGACCGUCAUCUGGGGUGAUGCAGACAACACAAACAUCUAUUGUAGGUUUAGAGACAACUAGGUCAUCAACUGGAGUAUUAGCGACAACUAGCACCUCAGCUGAAGGUCUGAAGACAACUGGCCCAUCACCUGGAGGAUUAUGGACAACUGGGACAUCAGUUGAAGGGUCCGAGACAACUGGGUCAUCAACUGGUAAAAUCACAGGAGCCAGGAGAACAACUUGGGAGUCAGGAAGUGAAGUUGCCACAUAUGAAGGUACUUCAGGAAAAUUCUCCAAGGCAACAAUAUCUGGGAGUUCCCACACAGAGGCCACAACUUUAAUAGUGAGCAACAGCACAUCUGGAACUGGGCUCAGACCUGAAGAUAACACUGCAGUAGCAGGAGGCCAAACGACUGGGCGUGUGACAGGUACCACAAAGGUAAUCCCUGGCACAACUGUUGCCCCUGGCAGUUCCAACACAGAGUCCACAACUUCCUUAGGAGAAAGUAGAACAAGAAUUGGAAGAAUCACAGGAGCCACCACUGGCACAUCUGAGAGGUCAAGCCCUGGAAGUAAAACAGGUAACACUGGUGCAAUCUCUGGCACAACAGUUGCACCCGGAAGCUCUAACACAGGGACUACAACUUCUUUUGGAAGUGGUGAAACCACCCAGGGUGAAAUUAAAAUAGUUACCAUGGGGGUGACUACUGGUACAACUAUUGCACCUGGAAGUUCCAACACAAAGGCUACAACUCCUACAGAAGUCAGAACUACCACUGAAGUCAGAACAGCAACUGAAACUACCACUUCAAGACUCACUAGUGAUGCCACUGGGAGUGGAAUACAAACAGGUAUCACUGGGACAGGCUCUGGAACUACAUCCUCAUCUGGAGGUUUCAAUGCAGAAGCAACAACUUUUAAAGAACAUGUUAGAACCACUGAAACAAGAAUUUUAUCAGGUACCACUGGGGGAGCCUCUGGCACAACAGUUAUUCCUGAAACUUCCAACACAGGGAGCACUGGAGUUGGAAGGCAAACAAGUACUGCUGUGGUAUCAAGCAGAGUUACUGGUGUCUCAGAAAGUUCCAGCCCAGGUACCUCCAAGGAAGCAUCUGAAACAACUACUGGUCCCGGGAUUUCUACCACUGGCUCCACUUCAAAAUCAAAUAGAAUCACAACAAGCCCCAGAAUACCCUACCCAGAAACCACUGUUGUAGCAACAGGAGAACAAGAAACUGAAACUAAGACAGGAUGUCCAACAUCUCUUCCACCACCUCCAGCUUGUUAUGGUCCACUGGGAGAAAAGAAAUCACCUGGAGACAUAUGGACUGCCAAUUGCCACAAAUGCACCUGUACUGAUGCAGAGACUGUAGACUGUAAACUCAAGGAGUGUCCUUCUCCACCCACAUGCAAACCUGAAGAAAGACUUGUAAAGUUCAAAGAUAAUGAUACCUGCUGUGAAAUUGCAUACUGUGAACCAAGAACAUGUUUAUUUAACAAUAAUGACUAUGAGGUUGGUGCUUCAUUUGCUGACCCUAACAACCCGUGUAUCUCUUACUCCUGCCAAAACACUGGUUUCGUUGCUGUGGUUCAAGACUGCCCGAAGCAGACCUGGUGUGCAGAAGUAAACAGAGUCUAUGAUUCAACAAAAUGUUGCUAUACAUGUAAACCUAAUUGCAGAUCUUCAUCCGUGAAUGUGACUGUUAACUAUAACGGUUGCAAGAAAAAAGUUGAGAUGGCAAGAUGCACAGGGGAAUGCAAGAAAACCAUCAAGUAUGAUUAUGAUAUCUUUCAGUUGAAAAAUUCAUGCCUUUGCUGCCAAGAAGAAAACUAUGAGUAUAGGGAAAUUGAUCUUGACUGUCCUGAUGGUGGUACAAUACCAUAUAGGUACAGGCAUAUCAUUACAUGUUCCUGUUUAGACAUAUGCCAACAGUCUAUGACUUCAACAGUCAGUUAAUAAUAAAUGGCAUUACCUUUCCUGCUGUAACAGACCAGGUAUUUAUUUUAUAAGUGAACAAAAAUAAUGACUAAAUUGUGAAAAUAACUAAACAUUUACAUAUUGCUCAAAAAGUGAGUUGUCAUUAUGAGGUUUUUUGUUCUUUGAUUGACUGGAUCUAAAAAAUAAAUACAACUUUGCAAGCAA